ACUCCAGCAACGGCUCACACUAAGAUCUUUGUCACAAACGCUCUGAUUUCCUGCAGAAAGAUGGAGAAGCUGCUCACACUCUGGAUCGCUCUCUGCGUCGUCGCCUCAUCGUCGUCACUUACGACUAGCAAGCCAGACAUCGCUGCACCCACUAGCGGUCCAGAUGUUACUACAACCGUUCAUGACAGUUUGAACACCACUGAACACCACCAGCCCAAUACCACCAGCGACCACACAACAACCCCGGGGAUGCCAAACACCACCAACGCCACACACACUACCACGGUUACCUCCGACAAGAGCAACCACUCUACAGCCACGGAGACGCCAAGCACCAACAACGCCACACACACUACCACGGUUACCUCCGACAACAGCACCCACUCUACAGCCACGGUGACGGCAAGCACCACCAACGCCACACACACUACUACGGUUACCUCCGACAACAGCAGCCACUCUACAUCCACCAAAGCGCCGUCUACUGACACCGUGGUAACCGGAAAUAGAACUACAACAGCCAGCAGCAGCUCUUCUUCCGCUUCUCGUAGCACGGCCCCGCCCGCGCCCCCGGCCAGCAGCGGCGUCCCUGGGUGGGGGAUCGCUCUGCUGGUCCUCGCUGCUCUGGUUCUGCUGCUGCUGCUCCUGCUGCUCAUCGGACUGCUGGUGUGGUAUUGCUGCUAUAGUGGUCGCCACAACAACUACGGUGGCUUCGGCUCUCUGACCCACAGAGACGACAUCCCUCUGUACACCACACACGCCCGCUUCGAGGGGAAACAAUACGAAGAAAUGGAUAAGCCAGUAAAGAACCAGACGUACACGGUCAACCCAUAGUAACAGAGACGACAUCCAGAAAACAUUUUUACAAAGAUUUUUUUUUUUUGUGAUUUUUUUUAUUUGUAAUUCUGUUUGAUUUUAAUAAACAUGUCACUCAAUUA